UCUAUUUCAAUCCUUCUCUAUAUAUAAUCUCCCCACCUCACAUUAACACUCAACUCAUCCAAAACAAUCUAUCCAUCACAUAAACAACACAAACUCAAGAACAAUAUCUUUACACUUGAUCAUUACCACAUUGCCCAGUCAAUAUACACAGCAAUAUUAAGUACCAUGGUGAAACAAGAACCCAAGAUUCAAACCAGCAGCAAGAAAGAAAUGUCUCUGUCUUCACCAUCUCGUUCUUCAUCUUUAUCUUCCUCUUCCCCUAAGAUCAAGAACAAGAAGAGUAAGAUUAAUAAGUACAAAGGAGUGAGGAUGAGAAGUUGGGGAUCAUGGGUUUCUGAGAUUAGGGCACCAAAUCAAAAGACAAGGAUUUGGUUAGGCUCUUACUCAACAGCUGAGGCAGCAGCCAGGGCUUACGAUGUUGCACUCUUGUGUCUCAAAGGCCCUCGAGCCAAUCUCAACUUCCCUACUUCAUCUUCUUAUUCUCUUUCUCAACAGCUUCUUGAUGAAAAUAUCAUUUUGUCCCCAAAAUCCAUCCAAAGAGUCGCAGCUCAAGCUGCCAACAGCUCAUUUGACCUUUUAUCCCCUUCUUCCUCAACUUCUUCUUCAUCUGCUACCUCGUCACCGUCGGAUCAAGAACAGCAUCAUGAUGAUAAUGAUGAUGAUGGGAUGCAAUCUUUGAUAGGCUCUUUCGUGGAUAACCAUGUGUCUUUGAUGGAUCCAUCAUCGUCAUGGUAUGGUGAUGAACAUAAUGGGAUGUUCUCCUUCGAUGAUGUAGCUCCGUUCAAUUACUCUCC